AUGGCUUUUGAUGCUGUAACCAGUCUAAUUGAAAUAGUAGAGGCUGCAAAGCAAGACAUUAUGGAGCCCAAUCUCCAUUUUCUGCAUGAAACGAUUGAGUUGCUGUCUUACAAUCUCCAUUUUCUGCAAGCCUUUUUGGUGGAAUGUGAGACGAAAAUGAAUGACGGGGACACCACGGCUCGGAGACUGUAUACAAUUGUCCGAGCUGAUGUUGCUAGAAUAUAUGAAAUGUACCAAAUAUAUUGGGGAGAUUACUGGAGAGGGAAUAUUAAUGCUGCAGUAGUUAAGCCUCGUGAAGAUAUUCAUCAUCGCUUGAAAAGAAUAGUAAGAGAUAUUGAGGACGUUAAAGACCGGAUCCUGGAGGAAGAAAGAAGAGCUGGAUUCGACCGUGAUAUAGAGAAGAUAGUUAACCGCCUCUGUUAUUCAUUCUUCAUGGGAUCAGUUUUCACCAUUUUGAACAAUAGUAACGUUGACAAGUUUCGGAAAUAUGUGCUGAAACUACAAGUUAUGCCACUCGUUGGGAAAGGAGGCAUUGGAAAAACUACAUUAGCCAAAAGAGUUUAUGGACAUCCAAUUACUAUUGCUAGCUUUCACAUUCGAGCAUGGGUAGUUGUGUCUAAAGUUCAUAACCUCAAAGAGAUGCUCAUUGGUCUAUUACGUUGUAUUUCACCAAUCACUAGUGAAAUCUAUAACAUAGAUGAGGCUCAGAUAGCUGAGCAAUUAAGCACAAGUUUGAUGGGCCAGAAGUAUUUAAUUUUCUUAGAUGACAUAUGGACCACUGCUGUAUGGGAUGCCAUCCAAGGAUAUUUUCCAGAGAAUUUUAAUGGAAGUCGAAUCUUAGAAUUACUUUCAAGGAAAGUGUUUGGGCAAAGCCAAUAUGUUCCCCGUAAAUAUAAGCAAAUUGGGGAACGCAUUGUUCUUCGUUGUGGUGGAUUACCCCUAGUAAUUGUUUUAAUUUCUGGAAUUUUGGCGACAGCAAAAGGGUCUCUAGAAAUAUGGAAAGAUGUUGCCCGAACUUUGGAUCAAGUUUAUACAUUUGAUCAUAAAGAAAUAUUUUCCAAAAUAGUUUCAUUAAGCUACAAGUACUUACCUAAUCAUUUGAAGGCUUGCUUUCAGUAUUUUGGUGUGUUUCCAGAAGACAGUGACAUUCCUGUUAAGAAAUUAAUCAACUUAUGGGUUGCAGAGGGAUUUUUAAAGCCACAUAACCAUAUUAGUUUGGAAGAAGUGGGAGAGAGUUACUUGCAUGAUCUCAUUAAUAGAAGUCUUGUUCAAAUUAAUGAGCUAAGUAUUGAUGGCAAAGUUAAAUCAUGUAACAUUCAUGAUCGAGUGCAUGGUGUUUGUGUGAGAAAAGCAAUUAAUGGGAAUACAUUGUGCAUUAUCAAUGGCAACCAUGCUCCUAAGGCUAGUCAUUGGUUAAGCUGUCAAACAAGUCAUUGGCCUAUUACUCAAGCGAGUUAUUAUGAGAAUUGCAGUCCUGAUGAAAUCCAUUCUGUUCUCUGGUUUGGUAAGGAUGUAUACCAUUCAAAAUGCAGGUUAGUAUACCCAUGUUUGAAAUUACUAAGAGUAUUGGAUUUAUCAUUAGUUAAAUGCUCGCGAGGCAUGCCUCGUGAAAUAACAGACUUAGCUCAUUUGAGAUAUUUGGCUUUAAGUACCAUUGGUUCUCUUUACAAGCUUCAAUUUUUAAAGCUUAAAAACUUGCGAACUCUCCUAGUUACUUCGUGGAUCGACAAAUAUCCUUUGCAACUUCCAUGUGAUAUUUUGGGUUUGCGAGAAUUGAGGCAUUUACAUGUUGACAAGAGAUGUUCACAAUAUCUCCCUCGCUUAGUCAAAAAAAAUCUACAAACUCUUUAUUGGUUGAAAGUUGCUAGUUCCGACGAAAAACCAAACUUCAGAAUGGUUCCAAACCUAAAGGAACUUGGGAUUUACAUUGAAGGCCAACUGGAACCUAGCUAUCUAGGGAGCCUUGUGUAUCUGCAUCUACUUGAGAAGUUGAAGUUUGAAGUAGGAAGAGUCGAGCGCUUUUAUCUUCCAAUUGGUUUUCCACCAAACCUUAAGAAGUUGACACUUCGUUAUACUUAUCUUCCAUGGAAAGAGAUGGACACGAUUGGCAAGUUGCCACACCUUGAGGUGCUUAAACUAAAAGAUUUCGCGUUUUGUGGCUCAAAGUGGGAACCAUCGAAGCAGGGCUUUCGGGAAUUAAAGGCACUUCUCAUUUCACGUUCAAAUCUCAAACAUUGGAAUGCAACUUCUGCUAAUAAUUUCCCAGUUUUGGAGCGCCUAGUCUUAAGAUAUUGUUGGGAAUUGAAUCAAAUUCCACAGAAGUUUGCAAAAAUUAGAACACUGAAGUUAAUUGUGUUAGAAUGUUGUUAUUCUUCUCUUGUGACUUCUGACUUCUGUUUUGCAGAUUUCUUCUGCAAACAAGUUAUUGUUUAA